GGAUGCUCAUACGGGUCUUCGCCUUUCACGCGUGCGGGAAGGAGAAAACAGGACGAUAAUUCUGUAGGAGCUUAUCGUCGCCUGGAAACACAGCAAUGGCAGCAUCUGGUAAUCAAGAUCCUUAUGGUUCAUAUUCACAAUAUCCAGGUUAUCCUGGAUAUUCAGGUUCGGCCAGCUACACUCAAGCAGGCCAGGCAGCAGCAGCAGGCCAAGCUUAUACCCAAACAGCAUCACAGGCACCCUCAUAUGCUGGUUAUCAGCAACCACAGCAAAGUGGAUACCAACAACAAGGAUAUCAGCAACCACAGCAGGGUUAUCAGCAAACACAACCGCAAGCUCCAGGAUACCAACAGCCCACUCCAGGCUAUCAGCAGUCACAGCCAGGCUAUCAAAAGUCUGGUUCAUCUUUUCCACAGCAAUACCAGGGACAGGGACAAGGACAGGGACAAUUCCAAGACUCAAGUCAGUCCUCAUACCCACCAUACCAACAGUCUGGCCAGCAAGCCUCAUCAGGAUCUUCAUAUCAAUCCAGUGGUGGCUAUCAGCCGGGUCAGUCUUCCAGACCCCAGUCAGGCUACAGUGCACCACAAAAUGGUAGUGGACAGUAUGCCUCUGGUGGUGGAAGCAGGGGAGGUUCUUAUGGUCAAGGAUAUGAUGGCGGUAGAGGAGGUGGAUACGGUCAAGAAGGUGGAGAUAGAUGGAGCAAUCGUGGAUCUGACAGAAGUGAACGAGGUGGCCAGGAUGACAGAGGAAGCUCAAGAGGAGGUUAUGCUGGAAGAGGUGGUCAAAGAGGUGGUUACGGUGGUUCUACUGGUGGAAGAGAUGCUCCCCCGCAGAGAUCAGGCAACAUGCAGGUUAAGGAGGAUACAAUAUUUGUCGCUGGUCUCCCACCAUCUGCUACUGCUUCACAGAUUGGUGAUUUCUUUGGUCAGAUUGGAAUAAUCAAGCGUGAUAAGAGAACAGGGGAUCCCAAAAUUUACAUCUACAAGACUCCAGAGGGAGAAGGCAAGGGUGAAUGCACGGUGACAUAUGAUGAUCCACCAAGCGCUAGCGCUGCCAUAAAUUGGUUCAAUAACAAGAACUUCGAUCCAGAGCACGUGAUUUCAGUAUCCUUAGCUGAAAUCAAGGUGCCUGAAGGUGGUUGGCGCGGAAGAAGCGGAAGAGGAGGCGGAGGCGGAGGCGGAGGGUUCGACAGAUCAGGACCUAAGGACCGUGGACGUGGAGGACGAGGUAGCUUUGGACGCGGCGGAGGCGGCGGUGGUGGAGGCGGUGAACGAAGUGGUGACUGGAACUGCCCUCAAUGUGGCAAUUUGAAUUUUGCACGAAGAGAUGAAUGUAAUCGUUGCAAGGUGCCAAAACCAGAUGAUGCCGGCUCUGGCGGAGGAGGAGGUGGAAGAGACUACGAUCGAGACGGUCGCAGUGGAGGUCGUGGUGGUCCGCCUAGAGGAGACCGCGGAGGACGAGGUCGAGGCGGGCCUUCCAGAGGAGGAUCAAGAGGAGGCAGAUAAACAGAUUUGAUCGUUACAAGGACUUGUCCUAAGCCAACACAUUGAUGGGACAACUGCUUUUGUUAAUAUUGAUGCUUGAUGCCAAAUCAAGAUUAUUGCUUUGCGCUGAACGUAUUUCGCAAGGCCAUAGAAGCGAGCUCCUAAUAAACCGAAAAGCCCUUUGUAAACUCAUCAACUGUUUUCAUUUCCAUCCACACGUAUGGUUUAAGUUGCUACCUUACAGACGUAUGUAUGUCCUCGAAGAUAAUGGGACCACAAGAUGUUAAGGCACAUUAAAAUAUCUUCUCAUGUUAAACCUCUUUAAGUAUAACUUUAUCACAUUUUGUUGCCAUUUUUUUACAUUCCAAUUGGAAACGGUAGUUUCUGUGAUUUUAAAGUUUGUCUUUUUCUCUGUAUCGUAGCUACUAUUCUGGUGAAAAUGUCUUGACAUUAAACAUGUGCAAGUUAA